UUCCUUUCUUUCAUGUGGAACCCGCUCUCCUGGGUGAUGGAAGCCGCCGCUUUGGUUGCCAUCGCUCUGUCCAACGGUCAAGGCCAGCCUCCCGACUGGCAGGAUUUCGUCGGUAUCGUCCUGCUACUCCUCAUCAACUCGUCCAUCGGUUUCUACGAAGAGCGUGGUGCGGGUAACGCGGUCAAGGCUCUCAUGGAUUCGCUCGCCCCCAAGGCCAAGUGCAAGCGUGGAGGUUCUUGGUCCGAAAUCGAGUCCGCCGACCUCGUCCCCGGUGACAUGGUUUCAUUCAAGAUUGGUGACAUCGUUCCCGCCGACUGCCGUCUCACCGAGGCCAUCAACGUGUCCAUCGACCAGGCCGCCUUGACUGGUGAAUCCCUGCCCCAGUCCAAGAAGCUCGGAGAUCAAUGUUUCUCGGGUUCCACUUGCAAGAACGGUGAAGCCGAGGGUGUGGUGAUCUCCACCGGUGCCAACACUUUCUUCGGUCGCGCUGCCUCCCUUGUCGGACAGGACGACGACACCACUGGUCACUUGCAGAAGAUUCUCGCCCAAAUUGGAUCGUUCUGUCUCGUUGUCAUUGGUAUCUUCGUCUUGGCGGAGAUCCUGGUUCUCUAUGCUGGAUUCCGUUACUCUUACCGUCGUGGUAUGUGCAUUACUGCUGCCUUCCGGCAAGCGUACCGAAGCGUCACGUUUAGGUCUCAACAACAUCCUUGUGUUGCUCAUUGGUGGUAUCCCUAUCGCCAUGCCUACCGUGUUGUCUGUCACCCUGGCCGUCGGUGCGCAACAGCUUGCCAGCUACAAGGCCAUCGUCACCCGUAUCACUGCCAUCGAGGAACUUGCCGGCGUCACCAUUCUGUGUUCUGACAAGACUGGUACUUUGACCACCAACAAGCUCACCAUUGAUCGCCAGACCCUGGUUACUUACUCGUCUUUCUCUGCCGACGACGUUAUCCUUCUGGCUGCCUACGCGUCUCGCACUGAGAACCAGGAUGCCAUCGACACCUGUGUUGUUGCCUCUGUCGGUACUGAGCGCGCUCGGGCUGGGAUCAAGCUCUUGGACUUCAAGCCGUUCAACCCCGUUGACAAGCGUACCGAGAUCACCUACCGUGAGGAAGCGACUGGCAAGCUGAAGCGUGUCACCAAGGGCAUGACUGGCGCCAUCAUUGAGCUUUGCACCCGCAACAAGACUGAGGAGCUCGAGGCCAAGCUCGAGAAAGACGUCGAGGAGUUUGCUACCCGUGGACUGCGUUCUUUGGCUGUCGCCUUCGAGGAGCUUGAGAGCACCGACCACGAGGCUGAGGGUAACGGUUUCGAACUCAUCGGUCUUCUGGCCAUCUUUGAUCCUCCCCGUGAUGAUACCAAGCAGACCAUCGACGAUGCGAUGGCUCUCGGUGUGAAGGUCAAGAUGGUUACUGGUGAUCAGCUCGCUAUUGCUAAGGAAACUGGACGUCGUCUCGGUCUCGGUGAUCACAUGUACCCUGCCAAGGUUCUCAAGGACGGACCCACGCCCGGUGGCAAACACGCGACUCUGGAUGAGAUGAUCAUGGAUGCGGACGGUUUCGCUGGUGUCUUCCCCGAGCACAAGUACGAGAUUGUGAAGCGUCUCCAGGGUCUCGGCCACCUUUGCGCCAUGACCGGUGACGGUGCCAACGACGCUCCCGCUCUUUCCCGUGCCAACGUUGGUAUCGCUGUCGAGGGUGCCACUGACGCUGCUCGUGGUGCUGCCGACAUUGUGCUUACCGAGCCCGGUCUUUCCACCAUCGUGCACGCCAUCCGCGGCUCCCGUGUCAU